CGGAUGUAAGAAAAAUUCAUAAUGCAGAAUUUAGCUUCAAAUUAUUUCUCAUUCCUUCAAAAAUUUUCGUCACCAAAAUCAUGCGAACUGACGUCGACCAAACUAUACCACGAAAACUUGGCAACCCCCAAGAGCCAAAAGCUGCUGGAGAAAAUCUUCGACAAACCCCAAGAAUAUUCGAACCAAAAUAUGGAUAAAUUGGUGCUUUUAAGCGGCCAAAAACUCAACUGCAGCACAGCCAAUCAAUGCGAAGAACCGAAGGCUCGUAAGGGCAGGCAUGGAUAUCACCAAGAAGUAGAAAAUAUAGUGAACGAGCAAAUUUAUCACGAAUUUAACGCGGCCUUAUCGUACCUGGCUAUCGCCUCUCACUUUGGACAAACCGACAUCGCGCUGCCCGGAUGUCACGGGUACUUUUUCAACAUGCAUUUGGAGGAGCAUGAACACGCCUUGGUUUUUUUUAACUACCAACUCAUGCGGGGAGGACAAGUCAAGUUAAAAGGCAUCGACACUCCCCAAGUAUCCCCCAAAGGCCCGGCAGACGCUUUUAAUACAGCCUUGGAAAUGGAAAUAUUUGUUAAAGAGAAGCUAAUAGAAGUCUUCAACGUCGCCGAGAAGCAUAAAGAUCUUCAAGUCCAAGACCUCAUCACCACUGACUUCAUGGAAGAACAGAACAAGUCCAUUUGCGAGCUAGGCAGGCUCAUAGAGCGCUCGAAAAUAACCGAUACGCCUUUGGGCGAAUAUUUAUUCGACAAAAUGAUAUUCUCCGCGUUCGUUAAAAAAGAUGGCAGUAAACUAAUGAACAAAAGAAGUCUGCAAGACACUGAAAUCAACUUGGCGUACAAAUAAUAAAUUAUUUCAACAAUACCGCG